AUGUACAGGACAUUGGCGUGCAGAAUGGACUACGAAAGACCCAACGUAGAAACAAUAAAGUGUGUUGUGGUGGGAGACAACGCUGUAGGGAAGACUCGCCUCAUUUGUGCCCGAGCCUGUAACACCACUUUGACCCAGUACCAGCUGCUGGCCACUCAUGUCCCUACAGUCUGGGCUAUUGAUCAGUACCGAGUCUGCCAAGAGGUAUUGGAGCGCUCCAGAGACGUGGUGGAUGAUGUCAGUGUGUCCCUCAGGCUGUGGGACACCUUCGGAGACCACCACAAAGACCGGCGCUUUGCCUACGGCAGGUCUGACGUGGUGGUUCUCUGCUUUUCCAUUGCCAACCCCAACUCCCUCUACCACGUGAAGACUAUGUGGUACCUGGAGAUCAAACACUUCUGCCCACGUACACCUGUUAUUCUGGUUGGGUGUCAGCUUGACCUACGCUAUGCAGACUUGGAGGCUGUCAACCGGGCUAGGCGGCCAUUAGCAAGGCCUAUAAAACCAGGAGAUAUUUUGCCCCCAGAGAGAGGACGGGAAGUAGCCAAGGAGUUGGGGAUUCCAUACUAUGAGACAAGUGUCUUUGAUCAGUUUGGCAUUAAAGACAUCUUUGACAAUGCUAUCCGAGCUGCUCUCAUCUCCAGACGCCAUCUUCAGUUCUGGAAGUCCCAUCUACGGAAGGUCCAGAAGCCCCUCUUGCAGGCACCGUUCCUCCCACCAAAAGCUCCCCCACCACUGAUCAAGAUCCCAGACUGUCCCCGGAACAACCAGGAUAGCCCAAGGAAACUGCUGGAGAACCCCUUCUGUGCUGAUGUCAUGUUCAUUGUUCAAGAACACUUCAAUGUGUUUGCCCAUAAGAUCUACCUAUCUACCUCAUCCUCCAAGUUCUAUGACCUGUUCCAGAUGGACAUCUCCGAGGAGUCCCAGUCGAUGGUUGCGACGGAGCGUCACAGACGAGAACACCUGAUGAGAACCCUCAGCCUGGACACAGAUGAAGUCAUGGCUGUGCUGCCUAACCUCUCACCUAGUUCCCUACGGCCUUCCAAGAGUGAUGGGACUCUGAAGGUAAUGAGCUUUAAUGCCAAGCACCACCACAAACAGCUGUCCUUGGCAUUUUGGUGCAAGGCCUUCCAGAACAUCCACAAAGAAACUGUGGUUAACCCGGUAACGGGAACAGCGGCUGUCAUGACUGUGGUGCAGAUGGACAACUCCUUCCAGCUGGGUCCCUUCAGCGCAGUGCUGCGGUUCCUGUACACAGGAGAACUGAAUGAAAGGGAGAUGGACCUGAUGAAGAUUGCUCAGAUUGCUGAGAUCCUAGAAGUUUUUGACCUAAGAAUGAUGGUGGAGAAUAUCAUGAACAAAGAAGGCUUUAUGAAUAAGGAAAUCACAAAAGCAUUUCAUGUGAGAAAAGCCAACAGGAUUAAGGAGUGUCUUGCCAAGGACACCUUCACAGAUGUGGUGUUUAGGUUGGAUGAUGGCACCAUCAAUGCUCAUAAGCCUUUGCUGAUCUCCAGUUGUGAUUGGAUGGCUGCUCUGUUUGGAGGCUCGUUCAUAGAGAGUGCGAACAAUGAGGUCUCUUUUCCUAACACCAGCAGGGCGUGUAUGCAGGCAGUGUUGGAGUAUCUCUACACCAAUCAGCUGUCACCCAUGGCAGAUUUGGACCCAAUGGAAUUAAUUGCUCUGGCAAAUAGACUGUGCCUUCCCCGCCUCAUUGCCCUGACAGAGCAAUAUGCUGUGAGCGAGCUGGUGAAAGCCUCUAGGGAUGCCCAAGACAUAGACGGCGAGGUUCUCAACUACCUGGAGUUUGCUCAGUUCCAUAAUGCCAACCAACUUACUGCUUGGUGCUUGCAUCACAUAUGCACUCAUUAUAAUAACAUCUGUGCCAAUUAUCGCAAAGAGAUCAAGUCUAAAUCGCUAGAAAACCAAGAGUACUUUGAGAAGCAUCGCUGGCCUCCGGUUUGGUACCUGAAGGAGGAAGAUCACUACCAGCGGGUGAAGAAGGAGAGGGAGAAGGAAGACGUGGUCAUGAACAAGCACCUCUCUCGCCGUCGCUGGUGUUUCUGGAGCACUUCUCCUGCGGUGGCAUGAGAGAGAGAGAGAGAGAGAGAAAGAAAGAAAGUGAGAGAGAGAGAUGGCACGUCCUUUCCUGCUAAUGCACUGAAAUCUUUUCUUUUGGACUUACACCCAGUAAGUCAAGCAGACGUCCAAACGGUUCAAAGCACAAUCUACAAUCAUCUACAGAAUACAGGCCAUCAAAUGUAGUAAUGUUCAACCAAUGAAAAUAAAUAUAUAAUAUUCUCUGGUUGUAGAGUUUGUAAGAAAAAAAAAAGAGGUGGUGGGGGAAGCUACACCUAGGCAUAACUAAUUCCUAAUAUUUCCCUUGAUUUCUAUUUCCUUCUAGUUCUAAGUACAAACGAUUUCUGCAGCUUUUAACAGUGCUACAU